UUUCUAAUUUUUUUUCCAUGUGUUCACUUCCGGGUCCGGCGCCGAUCCGGAUGCCCGAGGCAGAAGGAUGUUUGACCUCCGGAUAAGCGAGGCGCCGCCGUGCAUUCAUUCCCGGCCGCAUCGGUGGCGGCAGCAGCGACCCGGGCGGCGACUCUCCGGCCAGAGGCGGCGGCAGACCCCGCCUGCGGGCCGCGCGCCGCGACCAUGGUCUCCAAGUCCGACCAGCUGCUCAUCGUCGUGUCCAUCCUGGAAGGUCGCCAUUUCCCCAAGCGUCCAAAGCAUAUGCUUGUAGUAGAAGCAAAGUUUGAUGGAGAACAGUUGGCUACCGACCCUGUGGACCACACUGACCAGCCAGAAUUUGCUACAGAGUUAGCCUGGGAGAUUGACAGGAAGGCCCUUCAUCAGCACAGGUUGCAACGUACUCCUAUCAAACUGCAGUGUUUUGCCUUGGAUCCUGUAUCUUCAGCCAAGGAAACUAUAGGUUACAUUGUUCUAGACUUAAGAACUGCUCAAGAAACAAAGCAGGCUCCAAAGUGGUACCAGUUGUUGAGUAAUAAAUACACCAAAUUCAAGGCUGAGAUCCAGAUAAGCAUUGCUUUGGAAACAGAUACAAAGGCACCAGUGGAUAGUUUUAAAGCUAAAGGAGCUCCCCCUCGAGAUGGAAAAGUACCUGCCAACCUAUCUGGACUUGACCCAAAGGACAUUGUGGCAGUGCUGAAUGAGGAGGGAGGCUACCAUCAGAUUGGACCAGCAGAAUAUUGCACUGACUCCUUCAUUAUGUCGGUGACCAUUGCAUUUGCCACCCAACUGGAGCAGUUAAUUCCAUGUACCAUGAAACUUCCAGAAAGACAGCCUGAGUUUUUCUUUUAUUAUUCUUUGUUGGGAAAUGAUGUUACAAAUGAACCCUUCAAUGAUUUGAUCAACCCAAACUUUGAGCCAGAGAGAGCAUCUGUUCGAAUACGUAGCAGCCUAGAAAUUCUUCGUAUUUACCUGGCUCUUCAGUCUAAACUACAGAUCCAUCUUUGCUGUGGAGACCACUCACUUGGAAGUACAGAAGUACCCCUAACUGGACUGCUGAAAAAGGGGAGCACAGAAAUCAACCAGCGCCCGGUCACCGUUGAGGGUGCUUUUAUCCUUGACCCUCCAAAUCGAGCCAAACAGAAGCUUGCACCUGUUCCUGUGGAGCUAGCCCCAACAGUGGGAGUGUCUGUGGCUCUGCAGAGAGAAGGCAUAGAAGCCCAGUCUUUAAUUGAAUUAAAGACCCAGAAUGAACAUGAACUACAGCAUUCAAAGAAGCGAGUUUUAACUCCUAUAAAAGAGAAGAUACUCACUGGGCCAAAGUCACCAAGCAUGUCCCCUGUUCCACCUCAAAACCUUUCACCUCCAACAAAAGAUGAUGCAACAGGAAGUGAAGUGGAAAGCUUGCAAUAUGAUAAGGACACAAAACCAAAUCCAAAGGCCAUCACUUCUGUACCUGCUUCGGUGGCCCAGGCAGUGGGCCAGGCAGUGACUGCAUCCCAUGCUUCAGAAACAGCCUCAGGACAGAAGAUUGCUGUGCCAGCAACAUCACAUCAUUUUUGCUUUUCAAUAGACUUAAGGAGUAUCCAUGAUUUGGAAGUUGGUUUUCCAAUCAACUGUAUAUUAAGGUACUCCUAUCCAUUCUUUGGUAGUGCAGCUCCUAUUAUGACUAAUCCUCCUGUAGAAGUUCGCAAAAACAUGGAAGUUUUUCUCCCGCAGUCUUACUGUGCAUUUGAUUUUGCAACUUUGCCUCAUCAGCUGCAAGAUACCUUCUUAAGGAUUCCACUGCUGGUUGAAUUAUGGCACAAGGAUAAAAUGAGUAAAGAUUUACUUCUGGGAAUCGCCAGAAUCCAGCUUUCUAACGUCUUGUCUUCAGAAAAAACACGCUUCUUAGGUUCCAGUGGUGAACAGUGUUGGCGUCAAACUUAUAGUGAAAGUGUGCCUUUUAUAGCAGCACAGGGGUCAAACAACAGGAUAAUAGAUCUUUCUUACACAGUAACUCUAGAAGAUUAUGGACUAGUAAAAAUGCGUGAGAUUCUAGUCUCUGAUUCAUCUCAGGGUUUAUCUGCUGCACAACAGAAGCCAUCUUCCAUUCCUCCUGCACCAUGUCCUUCAGAAGUCCAGACAGAGCCUCGAGAAACCUUGGAAUACAAAGCAGCAUUGGAGCUGGAAAUGUGGAAAGAGAUGCAAGAAGACAUUUUUGAAAACCAGCUAAGGCAGAAGGAAUUGGCUCAUAUGCAGGCUCUUGCAGAGGAAUGGAAGAAAAGAGAUCGAGAGAGAGAAUCGCUUGUAAAGAAAAAGGUGGCUGAAUAUACUGUUCUAGAAGGAAAACUUCAAAAAACCCUAAUUGACUUAGAGAAGCGAGAGCAGCAGCUUGUCCUUGCAGAAUCAGAGGUUCAAAGAGAAAGAAAGGAACUGAAAUCGGAACGUGAACGGAACCUGCAAGAACUUCAGGACUCCAUCCGGAGGGCCAAAGAAGACUGUGUUCAUCAGGUUGAACUAGAAAGGUUAAAGAUGAGACAGCUGGAAGAGGACAAACACCGUCUACAGCAGCAGCUUAAUGAUGCUGAAAAUAAGUAUAAGAUUUUGGAAAAAGAGUUUCAUCAGUUCAAGGAUCAGCAAAGCAACAAACCAGAAAUCCGCCUACAGUCUGAAAUCAAUCUUCUCACCUUAGAAAAGGUUGAACUUGAAAGGAAGUUGGAAUCUGCAACUAAGUCUAAACUGCAUUACAAGCAGCAGUGGGGACGAGCUUUGAAAGAACUUGCCAGACUUAAACAGCGGGAACAAGAAAGUCAAAUGGCUCGUCUCAAAAAACAGCAGGAAGAAUUGGAACAGAUGAGACUACGUUACCUGGCUGCAGAGGAAAAAGAUACGGUGAAGACCGAGAGACAAGAGUUGUUGGAUAUAAGGAAUGAAUUAAACAGGUUAAGGCAGCAGGAACAGAAACAGUACCAGGAUUCCAGAGAGAUUGCAAGCGGAAAAAUGGACAGCCCACGUGGCAAUGCCCUGGAAGAAGGUUUGGAUGAUUAUUUGACUCGACUCAUAGAAGAAAGGGAUACUUUGAUGAGGACGGGUGUGUAUAAUCACGAGGAUCGAAUAAUAAGUGAAUUAGACCGACAGAUCAGAGAGGUUUUGGCAAAAAACAAUGCCAGUAAUUAAUAACAUUUGGAAAAUCUUUACAGAGACUCCAGGCCUAAAUUUUAAUUUCAUUGUAAAACCCUCGAAAGAAGGGAAAAUGGAUGUUUCAAAAUCAAUUUUCAAUUUUUUAUAAGCAAAAUUUUGUAUGUUAUUGUACAGUAUUUAUUUGAUUUUAUUUACUGUAUGCUACCUCUCCCACUCUGGUUUUAUUUGUAAUUGCAUUUUAUACACUCAUUUUAAAUGACUUUUCAGUGUUUCUCAUAAUUUAUAAUUUCAUGGCUAACUUUCAAAACAGCUUUUCACGAGAUUUGUCCUUAGAGAAAUGACUGCAGUAAUUUCUAGUUGUAUAAUUUUUCAUGUUGAGCCAAAAGAGUAUAUUUUGCACUUUAAAAAUGCUGCGUCCUAUUCAUUUGAAUAUAGCUAUCUCAAAAGUUGAGGCCAAUUGUAAACAAUUUUUUUUUCACUUUAGACAGUCUGAGUUUUUAACUUAUAACAUUUGCAUGUGACAAGUUUGAAAACAGAAAGCAGGAUCAAUGCAGAGAAGCUGAAAGAUCUGAAUGAUAAACUAGGGAUUAAUUUAAAUAAAGCUAAUACAGAGUGAACAUGUUUCAAUACCCAUUGAAUUUCCAUAUUUUCCUUGUGCUCCUUUCAGGAAAAUGAAAGUCAUAGUUGAAAAAAGUACUUGUCUGCCCAUCUCUUUCCAAGAUUGUAUUAUUUUGUUUUCUUGAAAAGAUGGAUUUUUUAUUUUCCAAUACGAGUAAUGCUUGUUGUUAACCCAGACCCUUUGUAAUGUAACAGGAAGACAGACACAAAGGCUUCUGCUGAGAAAGAAGCGCGGAAAAACGACUAUUUUGUAUUCCCCCUAAUUUUAAUCAAUUGGCUUUUAAAGUACCCAAGAUUAAGUCAUUGGAUUUCUGUCCUGCCCUGUGUCUACAAACUUCUUAGAAUUCCUGUGCAUUGUUUUCACAGCAUUUGCCCUCAGGGCGACACUUUCCAUCUCCUUUUACAGGGUUUGUUAGCAAAUUCACAGAUUAUCUGAGUCUUAAGAUAGAUGUAGUUUAAAACUUCUGAUUCCCAAAUAUAAUAAAUUUAAAUGUACUUUAGGAAACAUAUAGCACUCACGAAGAACUUCCAAAAAGCAUGUUUCCAAAAAAGCAGAAUAGGCUGUUUGGAAACAUGAUAGUUUUCUAUUGUUUUCAAAGAGGUAUAUUUUUUGGAGGAAAGGAAAGCCCUGUAAGCAUUAUAUGUUUUGUUUCCUUAAUAACAAAGUAUUAACCUUCUUAAAACAACCCAGCAGUAAAUAACAGAGAACUAAAUGACUGAGUGAGAGAUUAAGGGCUACAUGAGUUACAGCAGGAAUGUGAAAUAUUAAUUAUGGUUAGACCUUUGUCUCGCUGAUUCUCCUGCCACAUGAACUUCUGGAGGUCUCUGGGCAGUAAAUGGCACUGGGCCCUUCACCUGCUUUAUGCGCCCCGUGUGACUGUUUCCCAACACUAGAGGGGGCCUCGGAUCCGGAGAAACAGAAAGGACUCUUCUGACCGGUGUGUGGUUCACUUGCCCCUCUGUCAGGCCAUGUCCUGCUCCGUAACUUAAAUAAAAAGUCACAGUCCUGCGCCCGGUGAGCUGAGCAGUCUGUGACUUCUGCUUCUCCGCAGAAUCAGCAGGUGACUGGCACUUCCAGCCGCUCUAAGGGGCUGCUGUGGCCCCUAUUUCUAUAGGCUUGACAGUUGGGUACAUCUGAAGUUUUAAAUCCUUCUGGUAGUCCCUCAGCAACAGCCAUGUCCUGUGUAAGGAUCCUGGGUAUUCCAAGUUACUCUGAGUGUUUGCGAGUUGAGGGUUGCCACAACAGAUGAAUGAAGGGGGGGUUGUCAGGUUCCUCAUUACUCUUUUCCUCAGGUUAUCGCACCAUGAGGUUUCGUACCUCACAGGUAUCGUACCUCGCAGAUGUUUGUGGCUCCUUGACACGGACAGUCUCUCUCCUGAGGCUGGCACACCCUCCCUCACCCAUGGAAGGAUCUGUCAGGUUAUCCUGGUUGACGGGGUACCUUAUCUGUAAACCUGAAGAGUUCCUUUGCCUGUGCAGCCCAGUAAUUUCUAUCCCACUUCCAGAUGUGGGAGUUGGAGUCAGUUUCAAGGACAUAUUGGGGCAGACAUCAGUCCAGUCUGACCAGUGACUUUGCUGCCCACAUACUGUUCUGUCCAGAUGCUGCCCAACCUGAAUGUCACUGCUCAGUACCCAGCACACAUUGCCUGCUCUUGCAGUCUGAAAAAUGGUUUUCUGUGAGCUGUGUGGUGAAUUUUAAAACCUGGCCUCUUGUACCAUUAGGUCCACCUUUACUGAAUAGCCAACUUGAUUUUUUUUUUUUUAAUCGAUAAAGUUCACAACCACAAAAUUCACUUUUUUUAAAGGAUACAAUUCUAUGGUUUUUAGGGAUAUUCUCAUGAUUGUGCAGCCAUCACCACGAUAUAAUUCUAGAACAUUUUCAUCAACCCCAAAGGAAACCCCAUGGGGAUUAGCAAGUCAGUCCCCAUGCUCCCCUCUGCCUAGCUCCUGGUGACCACUAAUCCACUUUCUAUAUCUUAGGCUUUGGCUAUUCUGGGCAUUUAUGUAAGUGAAGUAUUUAAAACUGGAAAUAAUAAAAAACCUGAAGUAAUUUUCUA